GAAAUUUUAAAAGUUGCAAACAGAGCACACGUUUUUGGAACAAACCGGCUUCGAAUUAAUCUGAUUAAGGUCGUAAUUUUGACCCCUAUCACUUUUACGUUGAAAACUAAACUUUGAUAUCGGGCUAAAGCCUUUUGCAUUGACAAACGUUAUAUCAUAGGGUGCCGCAGACGAGUUUGUAUUCUGUAGUUAUGGACUGCAAUAUGUAAAAGAGCAAAUUUCACAAAAUCAGGAAAACUCGACCAGACAGCAAGUCCACAGCCAAAGUUGACUGCACUCGGGUAACACCCUUUUUUAGGGCAACACUGUGUUUUAGCUUUGAAUGCAAAACAAAAACACACAUAUGUAACAAGGUAUGUAUGUCACAUCGAACCGAACCAGAUAAACAUCUUUAAAAAAAAAAAAAACAAAAAAUACUGUAAUGAUCGGUGCGGCCUUUGUUCGUGGAGAAUAAAAUGCGAGUUUAAAUCACCAACAGCAACAAUAUCAAAUCUAAAUCUUCUUGGAUCGGUUCUACACCGGACGUCACUAUGAAAUAUCUAUGUGUUGUUAUGUCUUUGGUAGGUGCAGCCUGUUCGGCCUCCAUUGGCAAUGCAGAUCCAGAGAAAACUACUACCACACAAAAGCCCCACAUUGUGGAGAUUAUGGAAUCAUCUUCCAGUCACAAUAUGGAUGGCUCGUACAGUUUUCACUAUCGUGGAGCUGAUGGAACGUUUCGCGAAGAGACAGCAGUCGUAAAAGAUGCAGGCACUGAACACCAACAUCUGGAAAUAACAGGAGCUUAUUCCUUCUUCGACGCUGAUGGAAAAGAAGUUGUGGUUCACUACAAGGCCGGGGACCGUGGUUUCGUUCCAGAAGGUAACAAUAUCCCCGAAGAGAUAUCGGCUGCCGCCAAAGCCAACAGUGAAUUGCCAGCAUCGACAGACAUCGAUGAGAGACCUAAAGAUAUCUCAAUUACAGCUAAAGCAAGUAGCAAACUAGCAGCAUCGCCUAACAUCGUUGAGGGGAGUGACGACUCGGAAGAGGACGAUAUGUUCAAAGAGACCCCCCAGAUGCCGAAGAGGAUUUAUUAAAGCAAAAACAUACAAAUCUGAAAUACCCCACAAAAAAAAAAAAAAAUACAGCCUGGCAACAAUUACACACACGUAUUGCCACCUACAUAUGUGUAUGUAUACAGCAGCCACAAGUAUUCGAAAUUAACGAUCAAAAUCGAUAUGUACAAAUAAUUGUAUAAAUAAAUAAAGGAAUGAUUCUAUUAUUGGAAGAGCAUGGAGAAAUAAUACAA